AUGACAUCUAAAAAAGAUGUGAAAAGUUUAGAGAAGGAUGGAAAAGUUGUUACAAAAUGGGGGGAUGACAGUAAAACAGAAAGUUUGCUGAAAAUUUGCAUUGAAGAAAUAGAAGCGGGUAAUAGGCCAACUACCCACUUCAGUAAAGAAGUGUGGAAGAAUAUUACUGAAAAAUUUCAAAAGAAAACCGGAUAUGCUUAUGAUCGCACUCAACUAAAAAAUAGAUGGGAUACAUUGAAAAGAGAGUUUUCGUCAUUUGUGAAGUUAGUGGAUAAGCAAACUGGAGUAGGAUGGGACCAUGAAAAGAAAACUAUCAUGGCUGACGAUGAUUGGUGGGUUGAAAAGAGUAAGGAGGAUCCAGAUAUUUUGAAAUGGAAACAUGGAGGACCUAAGUUUAUUAAAUUGCUAGAUAAAUGUUUCAAGGGUGCCAUAGCUACUAGAUUCGCCCUUUACAAACCAUAUGAAGAUCAAUUACCAUGUGAAGGAUCAGAAUCUGUUUUUGAAGACGGUCGUGAGAAUAACACAAUUACUGAGGAUGAAGGAGAUGCAGAUAAUUUUGAUGUUGGAAAUGAAGUACAACCCAACCCAACACCAAAUUCUUCCAGAAGGAUCGGUGACAAUUCAAAUAAGAGUUUGGGUGAGAGUUCAGAUGAUAGUUCAUAUGAGAGUGACAAUACUUCUAAAAUAGAUAUUGAAGUCCAACAGGUUAAUAGAAGUCAAUAUCAUAUUGCAACGGUGAUGGUUGCUUUUAUGGUUACAAACCAUGUUUUGAAAUACAUUGUCAAAGAAAAGAAAACUACGUAA